CGCUCAAACCAUGCCUCCGCCAGCGCCUUCCCGCCUCCUGGCCGUCCUCUCCGCCCGGCCCCCUCCGCCGCUCUGCCGCCUGCUGCAGCUCCACGCGCACCUCCUCACCGCCGGCCUCAUCUCCUCCCCGUCCCCACCCGCCUUUGCCUCCAGCCUCGUCGCGGCAUUCGCCCACUCCGACGACCCACGGCACGGCCCCCGCCCGCUCCUUCACGCGCUCGCCCUCCUCGCCUCCCUGCCCUCCCCGCCCGACUCCGCCCGCCCCUACAACGCCGCGCUCCGCGCCCUAUCCCUCUACGCGCACCGCGGCCUCGUCCCGCGGUGCCUCCCGCUCUACCGCUCCCUCCUCCUGUCCGCCCGCCCGGACCACCUCACCUUCCCCUUCCUGCUCAAGGCGUGCGCGUGCCUGCAGGACCGGCGCUACGGGGAGGCUGUCCUAGGGCACGUCUUCAGGCUCGGGUUCCACGCGGACGUUUUCGUGGUGAACGCGGCGGUGCAUUUCCUGGCGGUGUGCGCGUCCAUGGUUGAAGCACGCAGGCUGUUCGAUCAAAUGCCUGUGAGGGAUCUGGUGUCGUGGAACACGCUGAUAGGGGGCUAUGUGCGAAGGGGCGUGCCUGGGGAGGCCUUGGAAGUGUUCUGGAGGAUGGCUGAGGAUGGGACGCUGGCGCCUGAUGAGGUGACGAUGAUCGGGGUCAUGUCAGGGUGCGGGCAACUGCGGGAUCUGGAGCUUGGGAGGAGGCUCCAUGGGUAUGUGGAGAGCAAUGGAGUGAGGUGCACUGUGAGGCUGAUGAAUGUGCUAAUGGAUAUGUAUGUCAAAUGCGGUGAUUUGGAGCGGGCCAAGUCUGUGUUCGAGAGGAUUGAUGGCAAAACGGCCGUUUCAUGGACAACCAUGAUUGUUGCCUAUACAAAGUUCGGACUGAUGGACGAUGCGAGGAGGGUGUUUGAUGAGAUGCCUGAAAGGGACGCAUUCCCAUGGAAUGCGCUGAUGGCUGGUUAUGUGCAGUGUAAGCAGGCCAAGGAGGCUCUUGGAUUAUUUCAUGAGAUGCAGGAAGCAAAGGUGAGGCCUGAUGAGAUUACCAUGGUCAAUCUUUUAUCGGCUUGCUCGCAGCUUGGAGCGCUAGACAUGGGUAUGUGGGUUCACCAUUACAUCGACCGACACCGGCUUUCACUUAGUGUUACACUAGGCACAAAUCUAGUUGACAUGUACUCCAAGUGUGGGAAUAUCGAGAAGGCCAUCCAUGUUUUCAAAGGUUUACCGGAGAAAAAUGCGCUCACAUGGACAGCAAUGUUAUGCGGCCUGGCAAAUCAUGGACGUGCUGAUGAGGCAAUACAAUACUUCCAGAGAAUGAUAGAGCUUGGAUUGCAGCCUGAUGAGAUUACAUUCAUAGGGGUUCUGUCUGCAUGUUGUCAUGCUGGCCUGGUUAAACAAGGCAGGGAGUUUUUUUCCCUGCUGGUCUCAAAAUAUCACCUUGAGAGGAAAAUGAAACAUUAUUCAUGUAUGAUAGACUUGCUAGGCAGAACAGGUCAUUUAGACGAAGCAGAACGCCUAGUAAACACCAUGCCGAUGGAGCCCGAUGCAGUAGUGUGGGGUGCUCUCUUCUUUGCCUGUAGGAUGCACGGUAAUAUUACUCUGGGUGAAAGGGCGGCAAUGAAAUUAGUAGAGCUUGACCCGAGCGACAGUGGAAUAUAUGUGCUACUGGCUAACAUGUAUGUAGAGGCAGGAAUGAAGAAGAAGGCUGAUAAAGUGAGGGUGAUGAUGAGGCACUUGGGAGUGGAAAAGGUUCCUGGAUGUAGUUGCAUCGAGCUAAAUGGGGUGGUUCAUGAAUUUAUUGUGAAGGACAAGUCACAUAUGGACACUGAUGCUAUCCAUGAUUGCUUGCAUGAGAUCACACAACAAAUAAGGCACACUGCAAACAUGAUUGACAUUUAUGCAACUGGCUGAGGCCUGCAAGAUGUGAUAUGUUCAAUUAUUUUGCGCAACUCAAUCAUGUCAUGAGUUAUGCCAGGCAAUGUGCUAAGAUAAGUAGGAUUUGGUUAUGUCCAUCAAACUUUGGGCCAUUACAUCAGCAUCAUGGCCCUUUUACAGCUUACCAGUCAGAUGAAAAUAGCAAUUCCAGUGCAGAUGCUCGAGGGAGUAUCCCAAUUCACAAGUCCUUUGAAUUCUGUUAGGCCGAUAAAGAAAGCAGGAAGCAUAUCCAUUUGUGAAGUCUUCAACUUUCACCUCCAUGUCUGGAGCACGAAGUGUCGCUUGCGUCUUCUGGACCUGGACCAUCUCGGAGUGUGAUUCAAUGUCCUCUGACAGCCCAUUCCUCCGCAAAUGCCACGAAGAUUGGACGAGCCAAGGUCAAUUUGCUAUCCACUGCAUCAUCAUUCUGUGUAUGGUGUACGGCAGGCGUUAAGAAAUGAAGGUAGCAAACAUACAAGGGAUGAAAGUGGAAACG